CCCGCCUGACCCAGACGGGAAACCUUUUGCAGUGCCUUGUCUGACCGACAUGUCGAUUGAGAGAUGCAUGCAUGCGACGGGAUGGCCAUCUGAUCUUUUGCCAAAUCAUGCAUUUUCCCGGAUGAUGGAGAGUGGGCAGUGAACCGAUGCGUUGGCCGGGCACUUUCCACGUGGUCGGGGUCAAAGCCUAAGCCCUGGAGCACGGGCGCGCGGCUAAAUUUUGCACAAGUGUCGAAGGGCUUCUUCUUGGAGGAGUACAUGCUGCUGGUAAGGGUCGCAUCUCGUCAAGUCGCAAGAAUAGCACCAAAGACGACGCCAGCCAGCUUGCGAAAGAUGACUAGCAGCAACAAGUGGAAGCGCGAGGAGGAGGUGGCGAUCAAUGCGGUGCUGCGCGCCUCGCUCACGACGUCGCAGGUCUUCCAGCAGCUCGUCGCCUCGUCGUCGAUGACAAAGUCGGACAAGUCGCCCGUCACUGUGGGCGACUUUUCGGCGCAGGCCAUUGUCAACUCGAUUCUCGCACGCGAGUUCCCCGACGAUGCCAUCGUGGGCGAGGAGGACGCCGACGAUUUGCGGAGCGAAGUAGAGGACAAGCAGCAGCUCAAGCGAAAGGUCCUCCAGCUCGCCAACGAGGGCUUGACCAGGGAUGUUGAGGGCCAGAACACGCUGUCGAAAACGCUCGAGGAGGAAGAGGUGCUCAAGGCAAUCGAUCGGGGCAACCAUGCCGGGGGCAUCAAGGGUCGCAUGUGGACGCUGGAUCCCAUCGACGGCACAAAGGGCUUCCUGCGCGGUGGGCAGUACGCCGUCUGCCUCGGCCUCAUCGUCGACGGCAAGGUCGAGUUGGGCGUCAUGGGCUGCCCGAACCUGCCCGUGGACAAGGCAGCAGCCAAGCCAAAGGAGGGCGACUUUGACGAGGUCAAGAAGCGCACCGACCUCGGCGUCAUCUUUGUCGCCAAGCGGGGCCAGGGCGCAUUCCAGCGCUCCCUCACGGACCCCACGCUGCGGCCCAUCUCGCUGCGCGACAUCAGCGCUGCCUCGCUCGCGUCGGCCUCCUUUUGCGAGUCUGUCGAGUCGGGCCACUCGUCGCACGGGACAAACUCGCGCAUCGCCCAGCUCCUCGGCAUCACCGCGCCCUCGGUGCGCAUGGACAGCCAGGCAAAGUACGCGAGCGUCUCGCGCGGCGACGGCGACAUCUACCUCCGCCUGCCCGUCGGCGACGGCAGCUACAUCGAAAAGAUCUGGGACCACGCCGCAGGUUCGCUCCUCCUCGAGGAGGCCGGCGGCACCGUCUCCGACAUCCGUGGACGGCCCCUCGACUUUGGCCUCGGCCGGACACUGACGGCCAACAAGGGCGUCGUCGCCGCCCACAAGGCCGUGCAUGCCAAGGUCAUCGAGGCCGUGGCCAAGGCGCUCGAGGAAGAGGGACGCGGUCAUCUGUAGUCAUGCAACAACCAUGUAAAAUGUAGAAAUGUAGCAAAUGUGGCAUUCAUUCAUCA